CUGGGCCUCCCCCUGCAUUCUGGAGUCCAGAGCCACUGCCUUUGCUCCAGCCGCUGCCGCCCCACCACCUCUCCUUCUCUGCCUCUGACCCUCCUUCUCACUGCUCCCCCUGCCCAGUUGCUCCUCCCACCUGGCCAUGACCACAGCCCCUGCUGGGACCCUGGCCCAGCUCUGAGUCCCGGGACCCUCGGUCCCCUCCCCCAGGCCAUGGCCAACUCAGGCCUCCAGCUCCUGGGCUACUUCUUGGCCCUGGGUGGCUGGGUGGGCAUCAUUGCUAGCACAGCCCUGCCGCAGUGGAAGCAGUCUUCCUACGCAGGCGACGCCAUCAUCACCGCCGUGGGCCUCUAUGAAGGGCUCUGGAUGUCCUGCGCCUCCCAGAGCACCGGGCAAGUGCAGUGCAAGCUCUACGACUCGCUGCUCGCCCUGGACGGUCACAUCCAAUCAGCGCGGGCCCUGAUGGUGGUGGCUGUGCUCCUGGGCUUCGUGGCCAUGGUCCUCAGCGUAGUUGGCAUGAAGUGCACACGGGUGGGAGACAGCAACCCCAUUGCCAAGGGCCGUGUUGCCAUCGCCGGGGGAGCCCUCUUCAUCCUGGCAGGCCUCUGCACUUUGACUGCCGUCUCGUGGUAUGCCACCCUGGUGACCCAGGAGUUCUUCAACCCAAGCACACCUGUCAAUGCCAGGUAUGAAUUUGGCCCGGCCCUGUUUGUGGGCUGGGCGUCAGCUGGCCUGGCCGUGCUGGGGGGCUCCUUCCUCUGCUGCACGUGCCCGGAGCCAGAGAGACCCAACAGCAGCCCGCAGCCCUAUCGGCCUGGACCCUCUGCUGCUGCCCGAGAGUACGUCUGAGCUCCUCCUGCCCUGGCCAGCCCCCCGCCCGGUGGCCCCCUCGUCCAGUAUCCAGCCAGCCUCGCAGCACCCUGGGCAGGGCCACUGGGGCAUAGGAUGGGCAUAGGUGCUCUGAGUAGCUUGUCCUCAACGCAAGCACCCACCUUGCAAUCCGAGACCCAGAUCCUCAGAGAGAGCAGAGGCAGGACCCAGCCCCCAGGCACACACACGGAUGCAGGUCCAGGCACGGUCCUGUCUGCACAGCCUGGUGGGCACCAGCAUGCAUCCCUGGAGACAGGCCCUCAGGCACCAGCCCGGCUGUUUACUCACUGAAGAGCCGUGUGGGUGUCUGCUAAGUGCUGGGCCCUGGAGUUACAGCAGUGGCCAAGAAGUACCUUAGUACCCAGGUCCUUGGGGUGAGCAGAAACCUUCACCCUCCCCAGUCCCAUGGGCUCCUCACAGCAACCCCACAAGGGCAGUGCCGGGAUGCUGAACGUUCACACGAGGACAGGGAGAGUCUGAGUUUAGGUCUCAGGUUCUUCCAGUGCACCCAGGGCUGGGGGCUACCCACACAGAUGGCUAGGUCGGACCAUGGCGCCCCCGCCCCCGGGAAUGGGCCCCAGGCAGGGCUGCUGUGAGGGCCAAGGUCUUGCCAUGCUGGCCAGUACCCAUGUCCGGGCCUGAAUGCACAGCCCCUGUCCCCGACCCCACAGCUCACUCCACUAACCAGCUCUCUCUCUUUUGACUUUCAGACCAGUUGUUAAAUUGCCCGCCUCCGCCAAGGGCCCCCUGGGUGUGUAAUGUCCAGUCCCCAGCCAGGCUCUGUCCCCUGCCAUACCUAGACUCUGUGUUUCAUAUUUUUUGGAAAGAGAAGUGAACAUCCAGCCCCAA